AUGACCAACAUCCACCCCGGCGCCAUCGAGGAAAUGUACAAGAUCGCCUCCAUCAACCUCAGCCCCGGCACCGUCGGCCAGAUCGCCAUGUCCUGCAUGGUCAACCCCCCCGCGCCCGGGUCCCCCAGCUACGACCUCUGGAGGCAGGAGCGCGAGGGCGAGCUCGCGUCGCUGCGGCGCCGCGCGCACAUGGUGACGGACGGGUUCAACUCGCUGGAGGGCGUGACCUGCAACUUCACGGAGGGUGCCAUGUACGCCUUCCCGCGCCUCCACCUGCCGCCCAAGGCGGUCGCGGCGGCCAAGGCGGCGGGCAAGGCGCCGGACGUGUUCUACUGCCUGCGGCUGCUGGAGGCGACGGGGAUUUCCACCGUGCCGGGCAGCGGGUUUGGGCAGGAGGAGGGGACGUUCCACCUGCGGACGACGAUCCUGCCGCGGGAGGAGAAGAUGGCCGAGUUUGUGCAGCUGUUCAAGUGA